UCUGUGAAGAAGAUGUCACUCGCAUCCCUUGCCCUUGGCGGGUUUACGAUGGGCGCCACCGAUGGUGGCGUUGCCAAAAUGGACGUCUCCUUGGACGAUAUCAUCAAGCAGGGAAACAAGGAAGCGAAGGCCAAGAAGAAGGCUGCGGCUGCGGAAAAGAAGAAGGCCACCCCCAAGAAGGCGCCCAAGAAGGCCCCCAAGAAGGCCCCCAAGAAGGCCCCCAAGAAGGCCGCCGCCAAAAAAGCCAAGGUGAAGGCUGAGACGGCCAAGUCCACCGCCAAGCGCGGCGCGGUGCUCGCCAAGAAGCGUGGGAUGUCCGCCGCGGCGCAGAAGACCGCGUCUGCCAAGGCCAAGAAGGCACAGCUGGCGUCCCCCAAGGGCAAGAAGGCGGGUCCCACCAAGGGCGCCAAGCGUGUUGGCAAGAAAGUUGCCGUCCAGAUUGUCAAGAAAAAGUCCACCGCGGGUCCCACGGGAGGCUUCAACAUAAGGGGAGCGCCUAAGGUGCCCCUCGGCGAUCUCAGAGGGACGCUAAAGAUGACCAUAAGCAAUCGCGGUACCCCGGGCAAGGGCACCCCUGGCAAGGCCAGAGGUGCCGCGCGUAUUGCUGGGCGUGGGAAGGUUCAGGGCGGCGCCGCAGGUCGUCGUGGUGCGGCGGCGGCGAGGCAGGGCGGCGCGAGGGGCACGGACUUUGACCUCAGGCGCGGCAUCAAGCACACCCCCAAGGCGAAGGGCGGCGCCGCGAAGCAGGGCGGGAAGAAACCCGGGUCCAUGUUUCCUCCCGGUGCGUCCGUCAGCGGUAAGGUCACCGUGUCAGGCAAGGGUGGGGCCCAGGGUCGCGGCCGCCGCUGA